AUAUUCAUACGAAGGAUAAGCUAUUACCUUUACUGUUCGCGGUCUUAUUGUGACUAUAUGUUGGAACGAACUAAUUUAAACGGCCUUUUGGGGUUUGCAUCCUGAAAGAAUAUUGCUCUGAUUUGGAACUUUAUGUGGAACGAAGUUUUCUGGAGUUAGCAGACUCAGGUAACAUAGUAGAAAGAUGUUGAGGUAGGAACGGACAAUAUAACCAGGGACCAAAACUCUAUCAACUGCUCUCUUACCACACGAAGGUCGAAAAUGAUAUACACCAUCAUUAGUCCUUGGACACGUCUUGAUACGACCCAAUGAUGCGAACGUCCUAUCGCCACAACACUGGCACAAGAUAGCGCUACCUACCUAAAAGAUAUACACAGUCCUACUUCACUGAGCCACGCCCACUUCGGGAGGACAACCACGCCCACAUGUUUGCUUCCUUCUUAGGCCCAACGAUCCGACACGCCCACUCAUCUUGACAAGCACGGCAACCUACAGCACCAUUAUUGGACGUUCCACGCCCCCAAUACCACCGAGCCACGCCCAGGGGUGCAGACUACCAGGCCACACCACCUGCCAUUCCCUCUAUCUCUCUAUCGUUGAUCUUCACCCGUUCCUCCGUCAUACAUGAACCACAUGCCUAAUCGUCAUCACUCCCACUAUGUGGCAAACGGUGAGAUCGACGAUGACAUCACAAAUCCCAUACAUCUGAGACCGCUGCCUACACUUCCGGUGCCUCCGCUCGGCCAGAGUCUGGAGAGGUACCUCAAGUCCCUGAGUCCUCUGGUCUCCAAGGAACAGUAUGAGAGAACCCAAGCCCUGGUCCAGGAGUUCCUCAAGCCGGGAGGAGAAGGGGAGACAUUGCAACAGAAGAUAGUCGAAAUGAGGGAAACCAAAGUGAACUGGACAUACGACUAUUGGCUAGAUGAUAUGUACCUCAAGGUUCGGUCCGCCUUGCCCAUCAACAGCAACCCUGGUAUGGUCUUUCCCAAGCAAUAUUUCAGAGACGAAGGUCAAAGGUUACGAUUUGCUGCAAAACUGAUAUCCGGUAUUCUGGACUACAAGGUUGUUAUUGAUGCGCGAGCGUUACCCGUCGACCGGGCCAGGCACAACAAGCAGGGGCAACCGCUUUGUAUGGAACAGUACUACCGACUCUUCUCAUCCUACCGGGUACCCGGUCUACUCAAAGAUGAAUUAGUCUCACCGGGUAGUAGUCUCAUGCCCGAACCGGAACACAUCAUUGUCGUAUGUCAAAACCAGUUCUUUAUCUUAGACGUCAUAAUCAACUUCAAACGACUGAGCGACCAAGACCUGGUCAGUCAACUCAAGAGAAUACUAGAUGCUGCCAAAGAAAACCCCGACUCCGUCCCGUUGGGUCUCCUUACCACCGCCGAUAGACCAACAUGGGCUAGUUCUAGGGCUAGAUUAAUAGAAGAUUCAACGAAUCGCGACUCACUGGACAUGAUAGAGCGAUGUAUCUUCGUUCUCUGCCUUGACGAGCGCAUGGACUACCCUCCUCCCGAGGUCGGCAAGCCCAUCGACUCGGACGACGAGCCGCUCGGUCUCCAUAUGCUGCACGGGGGAGGAGUCGAGAACAACACGGGCAACAGGUGGUUCGAUAAAACCAUGCAGUUCAUCAUCGGUACAGACGGCCAAUCCGGUCUCAACUACGAGCAUUCCCCGUCAGAAGGAGUAGCGGUCGUGCAGCUGGUCGAACAUCUACUCAAAUACAUUGACUCUGAAACACACAAACGAAAACUGACGAGAGCACAGUCAAUAUGUGAGCUUCCUAAUCCACGAAAACUCAACUGGAAAAUCUCACCAAUCCUACUCCAAGACAUCGAAAUAGCCAAAGCUCAGAUCACAUAUGCUGUCAGUGAUGCUGAUGUCAAGCUACUACGUUUCACUCAGUUCGGUAAAAACUUCCCCAAAUCUCAGAACAUAAGUCCCGAUGCCUUCGUACAGCUAGCACUGCAGCUAACAUACUACAGAAUAUACGGGCGUUUGACGAGUACAUACGAGAGCGGUUCUACACGUCGGUUUCAAGAAGGCCGAGUCGACAAUAUCCGGGCCGCUUCACCGGAAGCUCUAGAGUUCGUACGGUCAAUCAAAGGAGAACGAGAGGCCAGUAUAGAGGAGAAGAAGUUCUUGAUGAGGGAAGCCAUCAAAGCUCAAACAGAAACAUGCUUACAGACGAUCACGGGACAGGGGUUUGACUGCCACCUGCUCUGUCUGAGGGAGGUCAGCAAGGAGAUAGGGAUGCCACUACCAGCCAUCUUCGCUGAUGAGGCUUUCGAGAUCAGUAACAGGUUCUGUCUCUCAACCAGUCAGGUUCUGACCAAACUGGACACGUUUAUGUGCUACGGACCUGUGGUCCCGGACGGUUACGGUGCAUCGUAUAACCCCCAUGAGGACUACAUUCUGUUUGCUAUAGCGUCUUUCAAGUCCUGCCCUUCGACCGACUCACAUGUCUUCCGCGCAAAGCUCUACCAAACGCUCAUCGACAUGCACGAGCUCUGCACGGGGACCAAGCCAAACACCAACAACAACUCGAACGGCUACACGCAAGGGUAGACCAGUUAAAUCAGUUCCAGGAACUAGUGUAGAUCUGAGCGUGUUGAUGUCGUGUUAACCCCGUUGCAGACAAGGCGUUAUUUAUCUGACGUAAAACGCGUCUGUGACUGAUAGGCUCUUUGUUCAAAGCGUCAUGAAAGAGUGAUAUAUCGUUCAAAUAGUGCUUGCAAAAUGAACAGUUCUAUCAAUACUUUCAGUGACUGGGAUGUGGUUUAAUUGCCUUUACAGUCUAUAUGAGAGUAGGUAAUAAUGCAGUAGAACUGACGCCUCGUGUGCGAUGGGAAAUACAGAGGGAUGAUGAAUACAUCGACCAUACCCCAAAUGACUUGAGAUAACACAGCAAAUCUGUCAUAAAGACCAUUGGGGGAGAUUGGACUAGAGCUAGAACACGUGCAGUGAUAGACCAAGACUGGAACUAAGACAAGAUAGGAUCAACUUACGUACUAAAUAGGUACCGAAAUCAAAGUAAAUGUGUUUUGUAAUUGAGGCAACGUUGUGAUUAAUGAGGGGCAUUGCGUGUUCCUGUCCUAACUUAAAACCGGUGCAUAAUGAUAGAUUAUGCAGGUACAUGACUUGUAUACCUCACCAUUUAAGACUAAGUUCUGUAUGUAAUAAUGGUGUUUACAUCAAGCUGCCUAAGGAUGGACAAUUUAAGCAUCAGAAAUAAAACAGAAAAAACGUUUUAUUUUUAAAUCGCAAUUAUCAUUUGUUGAGCCAUAAGUUCCAGUUCAUGCGCAUUUUAAAAAAACCUUGUGGACUUUUCGACCUAUUGGAUGACUCCGAAUAAAACAACCAUCGAUGUUACUAUAGCAACCAUUUAUUCAAAACAAUUGUUCUAUGCACUCAAAAGAUCACUUUUAAUAGAUAUGCAAAACUUAAACAACGUAGUGAAAGUACUAUAGCUCGUACGCAUUGAUUUUUGUUGCGUUUAAUUCCGAAUUAUGUGUCAAAAUUCUGAACCUAAAAUUUUGUCCACGUCGCUUUUUUGAAAUGCUAUGAAUCUAAGUCAAAUUGUCACGUUUAUUGUUACAGUCCAACUAUUUUCAGUAUUUACUAUGACUUUAAGGGGAUUUCCCGUGAGUUUUUCAGGUUGAGGACGGUAGGGGUGGUCAAAUUGUGACGACCAGAAAGCAAGUUUUGUUGAUACACGAAAAGAAAAAUAACUGAAAGAGAGUAUUUUGCAGACAAUGGUUACAAAAUGCUGGAAAUCACAACAAUGCCUACAAUGAUAAAUGUAGAAAAUAUAAAUAUGUAAUACAUUGUAGACUAAACUAACUUUCAUUAGUCAUUAUAUUUAUGGAACGUCAAAUGAAUAAAUUCGUUAGACUUUUAAUUGUCUGUUUUAUAAAAUAAAUCAAUAUUACCAAUUAAAUUAGUCAGAAAAUGAUCUUUAGGAACCACACGCAUUCACUGAAUCUGUCACUGCAUGGUAUAAGUUUGAAACUGACUCAUGCAUCUUAACUCAAUUGUCUGUUUCUCGUUAUUUUGAAGAUGAAGGAGUCCGAAGAGCACUCAGGCCUUUGUAUCCAACAUUCUAGUAUAACAUCCUUCCAAAGUAACACAAGAGAGAUGGAAAUAGUAAAAUACAAGUCAUAUUUUUCUAG